CCGGCACCUUCUUCCUAUGUCCCACCACCGCCACUACCGCUGCAGUCUGUCCCCCCAGUCAUCGCGACUGCAACCGACCCAUGGCACAUGCUCGAACAAGAAAUCAUUGUUGGUGCUGUUCAGAGGUUGUGAGUUGGAUAUUGUACCCUCAUUUACCAGCACUCAGGCCUUUGACAGUGACAACAUGUGGCGUGUGGUGCCGCCCCCGGUGCCGUCCUACCCAUAUCUACCACCAAUGCCUCCCACCGCGCUUCCUUCGGACUUUCAAAUGCUGCCAGUAGGAUCAUCCUAUCAGCAGGCGAUGCAACCAGUCCCACAGCAUGCAUCUAUGCUGCAGCAGAACAGCAUGUCUGUUCCCAUGUCUCCCGUGCCCGUCCCCAGUGUCGCUGCGCAGCCGGCACCAAUCAGCGGGAUCAAUCCGCCCUAUUCCGUCGCGGCCCAGCCUCAGCUUCAUUACGCGCCUGCUCCCAUGAGCCACACGUUCGGCCAUGUUCCCCAGGCGCCGGUGCAAUCUCCUGUCGCCGACCCGCACGUGAACCCCGCCCAAUUCCGCUCUGCAGGCGCCCCUUCCGCCUCCACCGACCCGAGGCCCAGACACCUCUCGGGUGCCGCUCGCGAUCGCGAGCUGGCGCGCAUCAGGCUGCAGAUGCACCAUGCUCGGCUCCAGCAGGCUAUGGUACAGCAGGCUUCGCAGCAGGGCAUGCCGAGUACCAGCCAGAGGUAAUAUUGACGCACGGCUGGUCGAUACAGUGGGGCUGCGUCUCUCGAACUUCCGGGCCCCGACGAGAAAUAUUUAUUGCGGCGCUUUCUUGCCACCAUGUACCUAUAUUUGCCGCGAAGCUGAUCUCGCGUUAUCUAAGUUACGAUUCGGUUGUGAAAU